AUGAUUGGUAUUGCAAUUGGAUUAUGGAGAAAAAUUGAUAAAAUGCAUCAACAAAUUGACGAUGUUAAGAAAUCUCAUGAAAAGCGCAAUCAUGUACGCCAAUUACGUUUAGUGCAUGCACAAAAAUACUGGGAGAAUAUUGUUAAACGUGGUAAACGUAUAGCUCUGUUACAAAAACAAAGAAGUUACGAAAAAAUGCAGUUCAAUAAACGGAAAUCAGAUCAAAUUAAAGUACAGAAUGAAUUAAAUGAAAAACUAAAAAUGAAUCGGGAAAAAUUUAAAUUUCUUGAAAAUGAUCAAAAACAAUUAAAAAUCAAUAAUCAAUUAACUGAAAAUUAUCUGAAUUAUAAACAAAAAUUAUUAGAUCAUGAAUUAUUGAUUGAAGAGAAAUAUCAACAUUUAAUAAAUUUACAAAAUCGAACAAAUGAAAUCAGAUCCCGAAUAAAUAAAGCUAUUAAAACUAAAAAGCAACAUCAAAAUGAAUUAUCUUCGGAAAUUCAUUGGAAUCGAUUAUGUGAAAAAUUUACUAUUGAAUCAAAUAUACAAGAGCGUAAAUUAAAAGAAUCCAAAUUAACUAGUGAACAUGUGAAACAAUUACGUAAUCAAAAACUUGUAAAAAUCCCUAUCUCCAUGAAAUUAACUAAUUUAACAUUAGAUAAUUAAUCGUUUAUGUAAU